ACAUAUAUAUAUAUACUUCUUCAUCUCCUAAGAUCCAUAAACUCUUCCAUUAUUUCAGUGAUAUCAGUUAAUAUUCACAUACAUAAAAAAAAUUCAUUUGUGAUUUAUAUUUCUAUAUAGUAUUAUUUCCUAAAACCCUUUUAAUUAUUAAGAAGAAGGGUAACUCUAGUUGAUCAAUGGAGCCCAAAAUUGUUACUGGAGAAGGUGGUUAUGUUCUUGAUGAUGUUCCACACUUGUCUGAUUAUCUCACUAAUCUUCCUACAUAUCCGAAUCCAUUACAAGACAAUCCUUCAUAUUCAGUAGUCAAGCAAUAUUUUGUGGACUUUGAUGACACUGUUGUUCAAAAGGCUGUUCAACAUAAAAAUGGUCCUAGGGGUAUACAUUUUCGACGACAAGGUCCUCGACAAAAGGUGUAUUAUAAGUCAGAUGAAGUUACAGCAUGUAUUGUUACUUGUGGAGGUCUAUGUCCUGGGCUUAAUACUGUGAUCAGGGAAUUGGUUUGUGGCUUGGAUUACAUGUAUGGCGUCAAAAAUAUCCUGGGAAUUGAAUGUGGCUACAAAGGAUUCUAUGCUCGAAAUACAAUUCCGUUGACACCUAAGACUGUUGACAGCAUCCACAAACGGGGUGGAACUAUUCUCGGCACAUCAAGAGGUGGCUAUGUCACUUCCAAAAUUGUUGACAGCAUUCAGGACAGAGGAAUUAAUCAGGUAUACAUAAUUGGAGGAGAUGGAACACAAAAGGGUGCAUCAGUUAUUUAUCAGGAAGUAAGAAAACGAGGUCUUAAGGUCUCUGUUGUGGGAAUUCCCAAAACGAUUGAUAAUGACAUUCCGAUCAUCGACAAAUCUUUUGGAUUUGACACUGCAGUGGAGGAGGCACAACGUGCUAUCCAUGCAGCACACACAGAAGCUGAAAGUGUUGAAAAUGGGAUUGGUCUUGUCAAAUUAAUGGGUCGUGACAGUGGAUUCAUUGCGAUGUUUGCAACCCUUGCUAGCCGAGAUGUUGACUGUUGCUUGAUUCCGGAGUCACCCUUUUUUCUCGAAGGGCCCGGUGGACUCUAUGAGUUCAUUGGGAAGAAGCUCAGAGACAACGGCCACAUGGUUAUUGUCAUAGCUGAAGGAGCAGGCGAGAAGCUAGAAGAACGAGAUCCUUCAGGAAAUAAGGUUUUUAAGGACGUUGGUCUCUGGUUGUCUCACAUGAUCAAGGAGCAUUUUGCUAAAACAAAGUUGAACAUAACUCUUAAAUACAUAGAUCCUACAUAUAUGAUCCGAGCUGUUCCUGCUAACGCAUCAGACAACGUUUAUUGUACCAUUCUUGCUCAAAGUGCAAUUCAUGGGGCUAUGGCUGGCUACACUGGUUAUACUGUCGGGCCAGUCAAUGGUAGACAAUGCUACAUACCUUUCUAUCGCAUCAUCGAGAAACCAAACAAGGUUGUGAUAACAGAUAGAAUGUGGGCUAGGCUCCUGUCUUCAACAAAUCAGCCUAGCUUUAUGACGCCGCUCAACAGUACUGUCGUGGGAGGAAAUCAGGACGAGAUAAUGGUAUCCAAGUCCUCUGCUGAAGAGACGAAUGAGAAUGAGAAGUAUACACCGUCAUUAACAUCAUCACCGAUCCUUAAUAAUCAUGUCGAUGAUCAGCAUUUAACGAGCAAUGGAUCUGCCUAGAAUAAAACGAUUUCAAUUUUUUCAUGAUUCUGGAAACUUCUGCUGUUUCGAGGGAACGGAGGAGAAGAAUAAUGAUCAGCUACUUUGAAUUUGUCCUAUGUUAGUGGUUGUCUAAUGGUAGGAGAUACCACUAAAUUGUUAUUAAGUAAACUCUUGAGGAACAACUAGUAUUUGUGCCUUUUUGUAAAAAUUGAAGAGUGAAUUGAUCUAUGUAAUCAUGUUUGAAAGAUUUUCUAUGCCAAAAUAAUUUGUUUUGUAGUUGUAAA